AUGGCGUCCUUCAAGAUCGGUGACCGAAUCCAAGUCAAAGGCAUGAUGAACGUUUCUCACUUCAUUGACCCGCAGGCAAGGCGUGCCUUUCAUCCUACUCUGAUCGUCGAUCAGAUUAAAGACGACGAGGAUGUGGAUGAGCGAGCAAACGAGUCCAGUCCCGACUCUCCCGUCCCUGAAGAGGACAUCAGACGCAGAAGCAGCUCAGGCAAGCUGUGGACAGGGUUUCCCUCUGUGGCACCCAUUGAUUAUGAGGAGAAAGAUCAGCGUCACCCUCACGACAACACCUCGGACGUCGGAACGGCAGGAGCUGUGCCACCUACCCACGAUCCGUCGGUCGUUCUGGAUCAAGCUGACCAACAAGCGAAUAGUCUUAGUUUCGAUGAUGGCAACGGUCAGCCUGGGCCUCCGUUCAACGAUGGGCCCUUGAUCUACGACGAUAUCAAUUGGGACAAGUGGUAUACUCAUGUAUGCAGCGAUGGUACAAGUCGUCUUAUCCUAAUUAGGGCUGAGAUCGUCGUGCUGAAUGGUAUUGAUACACUUUGUCUGUAUCAGACGGUCAAAGGGCCCUUUGGCACGGGAACGGUUGUUAGGGAGGCGGUUAUGUAG